GUCGCCGAGCAGAAGUCCAAGGCUACAAAAUCGAAGCUGACUCUCAUGGCCAUCUCAAAAAAGAUGGUCCGGAAAACGACCAGCCCAACCCUAAACCUCAGGACAAACACAGGAUGUCCGCCAGUGAGGGAGAGGUCUGAGGCAAAACCCAGUAAGUUUGUGUCUUUCGUCAUCUGUGUCGAUUAGUAAACCGCCUCUACUCGGAAAGCGGAUGGUCUUUCGGUGGGUUGACUUUCUGUCUCGUUCUACAGCUAUGUGGAGAGUUGUUAAUAUCUAAUCGAUAGUGUCAUGGUAUACCGUCGGAUCGCUCAGAGAGCACCGCGCCAAGUAGUGGCAACAUGUGGAGCAUUCAAUACAGCAGUCAUCAGCACUAUGCUGAUUCAUUGGGAAAAACCUGCCGUAAACGGUACUGCGCAGCGACUCCGUUUAUGCAGCAUCUUCUUAUCCUCCUAUAUACUAGCUCGCUUUACCUUUUAACUGGAACUGCCAGCCUAAACCUGUCGAGAACGUUGGAAGUCUAAGAAGGUAAGAAGCACAAGGUGCAAGAACGACGGGCGAAACAGCAAGAGCGUGCUGGAUGGCAGUCAAGACGGUGGGCGUUUUCGUGCAGUCUUGUACCAGAACAACAAGGCCAACGACCACGAACAACCCAGGCCCGAGGCUUGUCCGCUAAUAAUCAGCGCUGACCGAUUUAGAGACCACCCUGAGCGAGAAAGCAAGGAAAGCCUUGCACGUAAGUACAACGUAAGCACGACAACACAAAGAAACGGAAGUAGGCUUCGCGAAGGCUUGGCUAAGUAA